AUGUCGCUGCAGAAGCCGGCCGAGGGCGGAAGCGGAGGAUUGGCGGGUUCCCCGGGGGCGGAGGAAGCCGAAGAUGGCUCGCCCAGUCCGUCCUUGCCGCCGCCGGUGUUGCCCUGGGACCGCUUCUCGGCCUGGUUGCACUGCGUGUGCGUGGUAGGCUUUGAUUUGGAGCUCGGCCAAGCUGUGGAGGAAUAUAGGUUAGCAGUGUGUAUGCUCUUUUUGGGUAAUAACCAAAGGUCCAGUCAUAUUGGUACCUGGUCCUGUGCACUAUGUGAUAAAUUAAUAGAGUAUCUUCGUUUCUCGACUGAUAGAGAUUCUCAUUUACAGGUAAUAUAUCCACAGCAUUCAAAACUUACGGAUAAAGAGAAAACCAAUAUUUGCUAUUUGUCUUUCCCAGAUUCCAAUUCAGGUUGCCUUGGAAACACACAAUUUUGUUUUAGGUUUCGGCAGUCUUCUAGCAGAAAGCUUUCGUGGCACUGUUUGCUGGAUCAGUUGGACAGAGAUCUACCAAUUUAUUUGAAGAGGGAUCCUGCAUAUUUUUAUGGAUAUGUGUAUUUUAGACAAGUACAAGACAAGACAUUAAAGCGAGGUUACUUUCAGAAGUCUUUAGUUCUGAUUAGCAAGCUGCCUUAUAUCCACUUAUUUAACACUGUGCUUGGACAAAUUGCACCUGAAUAUUUUGAGAAAAAUGAACCCUUCUUGGAAGCAGCUUGUAGUGAUGUUGAUCGAUGGCCACUGCCAAUCCCAGGGAAAACACUCUAUUUGCCCAUUAUGGGCAUUGUAAUUAAGGUGCGGAUUCCUACCUGUCAUGACAAGCCUGGAACAACUCAAGUAUUACAGUUGACACAUCAGGCAGAUUCACAAAUCUCCAUUGCUUUGCCAACUGUCUAUGAAGUAGAUCUCUUUAGAUGUUUCUUGCCAGUAUUCUUUCACGUCCAGAUGCUGUGGGAACUAGUGUUGUUAGGGGAACCAUUAGUUGUCAUGGCACCAUCACCAUCAGAAUCUUCAGACACUGUCUUGGCGCUUGUGAGCUGUAUCUCACCUUUGAAGUACUACAGUGAUUUUAGACCUUAUUUUACAAUACAUGACAGUGAAUUCAAGGACUAUACCACUCGUACACAGACCCCGCCUUCUGUCAUAUUAGGAGUGACAAAUCCAUUUUUUGCUAAAACACUUCAGCAUUGGCCACACAUCAUUCGAAUAGGAGAUAUCAAAGUCUCAGGUGAAGUUCCGAAGCAAGUUAAAGUAAAAAAGCUGAAGAACUUAAAAACUUUGGAUUCCAAACCAGGUGUUUAUACAUCAUACAAACCAUACUUAAACAAAGAUGAAGACAUCGUAAAACAAUUACAAAAGGGAGUACAACAGAAGCGUCCUGCAGAAGCCCAAAGCAUAAUCCUUCGUCGUUAUUUCUUGGAAUUGACUCAAAGCUUCAUUAUUCCUCUAGAAAGAUACGUAGCAAGUUUAAUGCCUCUACAAAAAAGCAUAUCACCUUGGAAGAGUCCUCCACAAUUGAAGCCUUUCAGCAAAGAGGAGUUUAUGAAAACUCUUGAAAAAACAGGGCCUCAGCUUACUUCUCGGUUAAAGGGGGACUGGAUAGGAUUGUACAGGCAUUUUCUGAAAUCUUACAAUUUUGAUGGUUGGUUCCGGACACGGCGAAAAGAAAUGACACGGAAACUGGAGGCACUUCAUUUGGAAGCAUUGUGUAAUGAGGACUUGCUUUUCUGGAGUCAGAAACAUACUGAAGUGGAAACAGUGGAUCUAGUCUUAAAAUUAAAAGCUAAAUUGACUGAUGGAGAAAAUUUACCUGUGAAACCUGGAACUAUCGAAAAGUUAAAGAAGCACAUUGAUUCAAUUAUACUUGCACAGCCGGACGACUUACAGGGUAUUUUGACCAACACAGGUUCUGUGUGACUAGUGAAUACUUCCAUAUUUAUCAUAUCACACAUGUCAAAGGCUUAAGGAGGAGACUUGGGAGAACUGCAAGCAUGAAAAAUAUCUUGUUAUGGAAACACACCUGAUCAAUGCUUUUAAAAAGCCUUUUAAAGCAGACUUUAAAUCUCAACUUGAAUACAGAAGAAGAUGAUGUCAAUUAUGUGUAAAAUUAAGUGCUCUUAUUGAAUCUUAAUGUAUUUUAGAAUUAGAUGUGCAAUGCUGGCGUUGCAGAACUGCUUCAGCUGGUGGUGCUCUGCCUGAUUUAUUCCACUCAGGGGAAGCAAUAUUCCUGCUGGUUUGGAACACUGCCCACUUCAAGAUGAUAGCUUAUAUUCUCCAGUGGGUAUUUUCUUAUUUUAUCUCCUAAUAAAAUCUCAGAUUGCUGUCUAAUCCUGACAGCUCUUCUUAGACAUCACAGUUCUGUUUGCCAAGGUAUGGUUCAGCAUUCAGGAGCACCUCUCGCUCUUCUACUUAUCUUUUGAGAUUUUUGCAUUAAUUGUAGUCUGAUAAAGUAUCCUGUUCAAAUUAUAGGCAAAGAGAGGUCUGAACUGAGGUUGAAACCCCUUCAGAUCCUGGUUUCAGGAAAGCAAUUGAUUAUCAGUAGUCCCAGUUUAUCUAGCUUAGAUGCUCCAGCAAAUUAUGAUGUUAUUAAUUAAUGUGUGGAUGAGGAGAGUUCAUGGAAAAAGAGGACUAGUCACAUCUGCUUUGUGACACCUGAAUGGAGCUGAUUGUCACCUGUGCAUAACAGUAAAUUACUUCUUUGAUCACAGAUCUAAUUCUAGAUGUUAAUCAGCUAAACUAUAACAUAAUUAAAUGCUUUUUCUUAAAAUCAUUUUCUUUUUUAGAAACCUGUGGAAAAAAACUAUCAUUAGUUUAUCCUUCCUUCUCAAUUUUUGUAGAGUUCAGUCGGUAUUUCUCACUAAAGGCCUUUUUAAUUAGACCUUUACAGUGGUAUGCUAUACUGUAGUACUGAAGUUAAAAUUAAAGUGUAGUAUUAACAUUCACUUUCAAAGUAUAAGUAAUUAGAAAUCUAUAUACAAUGAUCAGCUGCCUCUCUUGCUUCAAACAUCACAAAUCACUUUCUUGGGGAAACUUUUGAAACAGUCCUUACCUCCCAUCUCCAGAUAUUAUUAAAAUGAGCCAAAGUUCAUACAAAUGAAGCAGGCACAUGGGCUUCAUGUUUACUCAUUCUACCUGUUCUAUGUAAAAUACCACACAUAUCAAAUCAAUAUGUAAAUAAACAUUAAAAUAUUUUCAAGAAUAUACACACAUCAGGCUGCAGAAAACAUUGCACACCAAAUGGGCUACUGUACUGAAAAAAAAUUGUUUCCUUAUGCGAAAUGUAUAAGUUAGUGGUCCCUUCUGACAUGUCCUAGUGUAAAGAGAGUUUCCUCAAAGGUGGCCUACUGUUUUAUGUGAAUUCACACGACACAUUAACUGUAAGUGCAACUAGUGAGCAUGCUCUUGCUGCCAUGUUUCUUUCUUCCCCCUCUGGUGUACUACAUCAGGCAGACCCUAUUCAACUAACCAUCAUGGAUGAAUGGAAACCAGACUUUGUCCCUGUGGUCUCUAGAUUAUAGACUGGUUUAUGAAAAUCCAAAAUGACAGUCACUUUAGGCCAUAAAAUGCAGUAAAUUGCUAGUCUCAGAAAAAAAAUCAUAUGCAACAGGGAAUAACACAGCAAAAUACUAUUGUUCAUUAACAGAAGUAAUUUGCACAUCAUGUAAGUACAGGUACUGUUUUGGAUUAAACAAUCCUACAGAUUGUAACCAGAUUCUAUGCAGUUUUGUGCAUAUGCAGUUGAUCCAAAAGGACAGAUUAUAGAUGUAAUUUUCCCAUGUUGGACUGGACUAACAGUUAUUUCAAAUUAUGUCUGCUGCAUAGCUAUUGAAAGAACACUAAUUUGCAUUAAAUUACUGUCUGUUCCAGUAUUAUAAAACAUUUAAGGUGUUUUGCUAUUACGUUAUAUUAAUUUAACUUAUAUUUCUUCGAAGAGGUUAUGCAAAUCACAUCUGUCUGUACAAUGAGCCAUUUUUCACAGGCAAUAAAUAAUUGCUAAUGUAUAACUUUUUUGUUCAAACAAGCAUUUUAUAACAUAUAUGAAAUAGGACUUGGAGAAUUUGUUCCAAGAAUGUGUCCAAAAUUAUAUGUACAUUCAUAUCAGAGAUUUCAUAAUUAUUGUUUCACUGAAUAUUCAUUUUGAGUAAGAUUAACAUGUAGGCCUUUUGUAGAGAAUUCUCUUUUGACAUUUUGUACCAUUAUUAGACUCCUUAGAUUUAGUUCCAAACUGCUCUCUGUAUUUUUAAGAAAAUGUAUUUUAAUAUUCAUUUAUAUGAAUUCCAAACCAAGAUGAAAUUGAAUUGUAAAAAGCUGACUUCUGCAAUUAUGCCACUAUUGCAUUAUUGUCUCUCAUAUUCUUUUUGCACAUUUUAAAUAAUGGCCACUAAAUCUUCAUUAACUGAAGCAUUACAUAGUACAUUUGAACUAGCUACAUUAGCUUAUUUUCCAAGAGUAUUUUUAAAUGAA